CCAUUAUGCAAAACACACUCUGAACAGGGGAGUGGAGCGCAAAGCUGGGAGGAAAAGACAGGAAAAUAAGAAGACCAGGAGUGAGUGGAGUUUCAUAAAGACAGCAGACGAAUGGUUUCGCGCAGCACAGGAGCGAGAAUACAGCCAGAAAUGCUGGAACGGGUGGCGCGUCUGUGUUCCUGAAUGGCCGUGGAAGAAUGGAGGGCCCUUCCUCAAGCACAGUUCUGGAGGAGGAGUGGGGAGAUGGACACAAAGAAAGGGAGGCAGAGCAAACUGGAGGGUGUGAGAGCAGUGAAGAGACAAACCGCGAUGUUCUUACACCUGAUCCCUAUGAACGAGCCACCCGGAGCUCUCCAGCUCCCGAUGUGAAAGUGGAACCAUGUAAGGUGAGGCCAAAGCUUUGCACUAUGAGGACCACCUUCAUCUCUCGUGGGAAGCGUGGGCCAAAUUCAGGACCAGGGACCAAUAACAUGCUAGACAGGUCAUCUGAAGAAAAGGCACUAAGUGCUGCUGUGGAUCCAAAGGACAACAAAGCGAUGGAUCAUAAUGAGGAAAGGGCAGAGGGAGAGCAGACAGGAAAGGAGGGAGGAGGGGAGUGUUUGAAAGAGAGAGACAACGGGGAGGACAUGGAGACGGAAAGAAGAGGUGGCGAGAGGGAGGUUGCGUGUCAUGUAAAUGCUGAGGACGUGGAGAGAUGGAAAGGGAGAAGGAGGGUGCGGCUGGGUGGGAGCGGAGAAGGAGAAGCAAAUGAGAUGAAGAGGUUUGAGACGGACAGAGAGAGACGAAAACAGUGGAUUAGAAGAGACAGGAGACUCGAGAGCGACAUCCCGGAGGGAAAUGGGCAGGCCGAGGAAGCGGGCUCCGAGGUGCAGCCGGACCACAGGCUGGAGCGGAGGGGCUCCAUCCGGCGCACCAUCCUCUCCCACAUGUUCAUGCACUCCUCCGCCUCGUCGUCGUCCUCCUCCUUCAACUGCUCUUCCGCCGAGAGCGAUGCCGAAGUCUUCAGCGAAGGAGAGGAGGCGAGAACCAAGGCCCAGGACGCGGGGCCCAAGAAGAAGACUCGCUCCUGGAGGACGUUCCUCACCAUGAUGCAGUGGUCAGCGCGCCGGCAGAGUUCCUGGGUGCAGCUGGCAGGACACCCAGGCAACUUCCAUCCCAGCGAAGGCGGCGAGGUGCUGAAGAGGUACAACGCUGUGGAAAACACCUGCCUGGAGGUCCUCAUGAGUGACGCCCUGCGCCAGUUUGUCCCGCAGUACUACGGCCUCGCCAGCAGGGGGGAGGACAGCUACAUGCGCCUGGAGGACUUGCUGAGUGGGCAGAUCUGUCCUGUCAUAAUGGACUGCAAAAUGGGUGUCCGCACCUUCCUGGAGGAGGAGCUCAUGAAGGCCCGGCACAACCCCAGCCUGCGCAGCGACAUGUACCAGAAGAUGGUGAAAGUGGACCCGUCGGCACCCUCCGAGAAGGAGCACGCUCAGAAGGCUGUGACGAAGCAGCGCUACAUGCAGUGGAGGGACAACGUGAGCUCCACCUCGACGCUGGGCUUCAGGAUAGAGGGGAUCACGACGGAAAACGGCAAGGUGCUGCGGGACUUCAAAAUGACUCAAACGUCAGCCCAGGUGGCUGAAGCCCUUCUCUCCUUCACAAAUAAACAGCCGAGCAUUCUGGAGGCGUAUCUAUCCAGGCUCAGUGCUCUACACGAAGCUCUCAAAGAGUCUGAGUUCUUCAGGACGCACGAGAUUAUUGGCAGCUCGCUUCUCUUUAUCCAUGACCGCACAAGCAGAGCCAACAUAUGGAUGAUAGAUUUCGGGAAAACGCUCCCUGUUCCCUCUGGGUUACAUCUCGGGCAUGACAUACCAUGGACUGAGGGCAAUCGGGAAGAUGGAUACCUUAUUGGUCUGACCACACUGACCUCGAUGGUGACGAAGGCCCUUGAACAGUCUCAGGGAACAGGCUUGAGCAGCUGCGCUGUGGAACCUGAACGCAAACCGCAGACACAGACCUGGUCAAUGUCAAGGGAAGUCAUACCGAAGAGCCCUCGGCUACCAUUGCUGGAAGAGUCCGACUCAAAGGACACUGGUCUAGAGGAGGUGUUGAGUGGUGACCUUCUAGGAUCCAGUGCAACUAGACCAGAGUGCAAGCUGGAGUGCUCCACAUUCCUAACAUCCCUCGAGUACAUCGCUACCCAAAGCCUCCAGAGUAACUCUGUGCCAGAGUCACAUGCCGAAAAUUCUUUGCCGCCAAAUGGAAACAUCCUACGUACCGCAAGCAUGGAUGUGGACUAAAGGUCACGUGAUAGGACUGAGAACAUCACUGACACAUCCUUAACAUAGCAGCAAAGCUGGACUUUGAAAAUCUCUCGGGUAAGAGCUGGUCAAGAAACCAAAAGAUAUUUUAGCUUUCCAGUAUAACUGAAAGAGAACCUGUGCUGGACCACAGAAAUGGGGCCUACAAUUGGUCUUUGCACCUGUGAAUUAGACUAAACAGAUGUUGAGGCACUGAGAUCAGUGUGAUUUUGCAGCUCAAAUGACAGUAUUAUGCAUUAGGUCGACAGCCUAAAUGAAGAAAACUGAUUGAAGUCCGUCCAUCCAGUUUCAAUAAUUGCUUGUCCUGAGCAGGGUCA